AUGACACCAGACACCUUCGACUCCCAACCGUCUAUGACUAUGGAAGAAGUGUACGUCGGAGAAAUAAAGACAGACGUCAAAGUGCUCGCAGAGUUGCCAGACUCAGGGGUUGAUGAUCACCCUAAGCGGCCGCAUGCCAUCAAUGACCUCCAGGAAAACCCCAAAGCACGUUUCAAGGAACUUCUUAACCGUGCAUUACAUUUCGAUAAGCGCAACGAUGAGAAACAUUUCCUACCGAAUGGGGAUCUGAAGGCCAUUUGCAACGAAUCUGCUGUACGCGAUCAACUCAUUGCCUUUGAGUACAAUGAGUACGAUGCAGAAUCUUAUGCUACCUAUGUGGGCGAGAAGCUCGCCCAAGAGAUCUUCGCAGCACUUGUGUUGAUCAACCAGGUCAAGUUUCUGCCAGACUUCAUAAAUGCAGGAAUCACUGAUGAUAACUUGCCAUUCACCUUCAACAAAAGACACACACAGCUAUGGUAUCGCCAACCGGAUCGCUUAAUUCUUGUAGAGUUCUUGAAGUAUCCACGAGAUGCAGAGAUGAUGCGGGAAUUUUACACCAAACAGUGGUGGGUGCAUGUUCCAUUCCUGGACUGGGACAAGGAGAAUCGCAAAGCCCUCAACUUUCGAUAUAAUUUGGGAACAGUCAUUCCUUGGACGUAUAUCGGCCAGCAAGAUACCAGUGGUGGAUUUGGAGUUGUCGAGAAAGUCAAGAUGCAUCAAGAUCAUCACUCCUUCAUAGGUCGGCAGACACAAUACGAGACAUUUGCCCUCAAGUCUAUGAUAAGAACCUGUCAUGAUGAUGACUACAAGUUCUUCCAACAGGAGAUUUCGGCUUUCCACAAAAUGAGACCCGGACCUCACCUGGUUGAAUUGUGCGCGACACUAGAGAUCGCACCCAGUGACAACUUCAUGUUACUAUUCCCGUGGGCUGAAGGCGGAAGCCUAGAAGAUUUGAUGAGUAAGCCCAAGACGUAUUUUCUCAAAGCCUACUACUUGACAGACAAUGAAUUUGCGCGUUGGAUCGCCAUACAAUGUUGGGGUUUGAUUCAAGCACUUGGCACAAUUCACGACACGCGUAUCAAGCACUCAAACACAAGUCAAGAUGGAAACCAAAUUAGCCAAUGUAAGGACUUCGGGAUACAUGGGGAUAUAAAGCCUGCCAAUAUCUUGCACUUCAGCCAAGAGACAGCCCAUUGUCGUGUUGGGAAUCUCAAGAUCGCUGAUUUCGGCUUGAUCACAUUCCACAGACGCGGUUCCAGAACCAUGAUGAAUCGCAAUUCUGCAUACGCGGCCUCUCAAACGUACCGGUCUCCAGAACAUGACAUCGGCUAUUUCAUGUCUAAAAAGGUUGAUGUCUGGGCUUUAGGUUGCGUAUUCUCGGAGUUGAUGACUUGGGUCAUUCUUGAUGGGAAUGCACGCCAGGAGUAUCAACAAGAACGUAAAAGAGAACUAUCAUUUUCCGGUGCCACUGAGGAUACGGCACAAUGGAAUGAGGACAACUUUUUUUUGAAACAUAUUGAGAAGACCACAACACCACGCCGUAAAGGUCGUCGACGUAGGCCUAAAGUUAGAUCUAAAAGGCUUCGACCGCGUAACCCUAAGAUCAAAAGCGAUGCUUCUCAUGUUGUGGAAAGCCGACAGUCAAUUUCAAAAAGUCCGAAACACUUUCAAGAGGUACCAAAACUCAAGGUCAGCGUCAAAAAUGUAAGAUACCCAAGCGAUAACCACUUUUGA